AAAAAAAUACCCACCCAGUUACGUUGGAAUUUGAGAUAAUCCACAAGCCAAGUAGAGACCUGGCAUACUGCUAACACAAAAAGGCAGCUAUGGGUGCAAGGUGGUGCUGAGCACGAAGGGGCCAUGGCUGUAGCCCUGCAGGUCCUGCCCUGUGCGGUCCGAGCCUCCUCACGUCCUUUCUCCUGGAGGGCUCCAGCGGCUCGGCUGGCCAGUGGCAUGGCCUUGGCAGAGCAUGCGCGACAGGUGUUUGACAGCGCCGUGAGAGCCGUGCAGCCGGGCCCCAUGCUGCACAGGGCGUUGGCCUUGGAUCCCGGUGGCCAACAGCUGAAGGUGCGGGACCGGAGCUUUCAACUGAAGCAAAACCUCUACCUAGUGGGCUUCGGCAAGGCUGUGCUGGGCAUGGCGGCGGCAGCCGAGGAGCUCCUGGGCCAGCAUCUCGUGCAGGGGGUGAUCAGCGUCCCCAAGGGGAUCCGUGCUGCUAUGGAACAGGCCGGCAAGCAGGAGAUGUUGCUGAAGCCACACAGCCAUAUCCAAGUCUUCGAGGGGGCUGAGGACAACCUGCCAGACCGUGAUGCCCUACGAGCUGCGCUGGCCAUCCGGCAGCUGGCCGAGGGACUCACUGCCCACGACCUGCUGCUGGUGCUCAUCUCAGGUGGGGGCUCGGCCCUCCUGCCUGCCCCCAUCCCCCCCGUCACACUGGAGGAGAAGCAGACGCUCACCAAGCUGCUGGCAGCCCGCGGAGCCACCAUCCAGGAACUGAAUACCAUCCGGAAGGCCCUGUCCCAGCUCAAGGGUGGAGGGCUGGCUCAGGCCGCCUACCCUGCUCAGGUGGUGAGCCUGAUCCUGUCUGACGUGGUUGGGGACCCUGUGGAGGUGAUCGCCAGUGGCCCUACUGUGGCCAGCGCCCACAACGUACAAGAUUGCCUGCACAUCCUCAAUCGCUACGGCCUCCGUGCCGCCCUGCCGCGUUCCGUGAAGACUGUGCUAGCUCGGGCCGACUCGGACCCCCGGGGACCACACGCCUGCGGCCACGUGCUCAACGUGAUCAUCGGCUCGAAUGUGCUGGCGCUGGCCGAGGCUCAAAAGCAUGCCGAGGCCCUGGGUUACCGGGCGGCGGUGCUGAGCACAUCCCUGCAGGGUGAUGUGAGGCUGCUGGCCCGCUUCUACGGGCUGCUGGCCCGCGUGGCUGCAGCCCGCCUCAUCCCCUCCACCACGGCUGGAGCCUCCGGAGACGACGAGGAGGAAGAGGGGGAGGGCAGGCUGCACAAGCUGGCCGCCGAGCUGCAGCUUCCAGACCUGCAGCUGGAGGAGGCUCUGGGGGCUGUGAUGGAGACGAGAGGCCCCGUGUGCCUGCUGGCGGGAGGAGAGCCCACGGUGCAGCUGCAGGGCUCGGGCAGGGGCGGCCGGAACCAGGAGCUGGCCAUGCUUGUUGGAGCAGAGCUGGGAAGGCAGCCGCUGGGGCCCGUGGAGGCGCUGUUUCUGAGCGGCGGCACCGACGGGCGAGAUGGGCCCACCGAGGCCGCUGGUGCGUGGGUCAUGCGGGAGCUCUGCAGCCAGGCCGCUGCCCAAGGCUUGGACAUGGCCACCUUCUUAGCCCACAACGAUUCACACACCUUCUUCUGCCGCCUCCAAGGCGGCUCACACCUGCUGUACACAGGGAUGACAGGUACCAACGUGAUGGACGUCCACCUGCUGUUUCUGCGGCCUCAGUGACAGCACAGGGCUGUGUGGUAGGAAUCAUACACACCCCAGCCAGGCGCCGGUGGCUCUCGCCUGUCAUCCUAGCCACUCAGGAGGCUGAGAUCUGAGGAU